GUAAUGAAUAAGCACAGAGAAAGAGAGAGAGAUAUGUAACUGCUGACGUCCUCCAAAAUUUGCAUAGAGUAGUAGGCAGGUUACCGUGAACGAGUAGGUACAGGUAGGUAGACAGGCAGGGAGAGCCAGCCAAACAAGUACAUAGAUGACGUUGUAGCAGGUGGAACGGCUUUCUGUGCAGGGGCGCUGUGCAACUCAUAAGAUGGCUUCCAGUGUAUGUCGAUAGUCGAGCCGAGUGUAAGCGGCGAAAAUGCAAAGCGUUAACAACAACCACGAGAUGAAUCGCUACGAAAACAACUGUCUGCGUUGUGGACAGACUGUUUAUCAAGUCGAUAAAGUGGGACCUUUAAAAGAUUUUUCGUUCUUUCAUCACGGUUGUUUUAAGUGCUCGAUAUGCGGUACAAAACUGACUUUGAAAACUUAUUACAACAAUCAACAGAGUCAAGGUGACAAAGAAGUGUAUUGCCAGAGCCACGUGCCCAAAACGGGACCCGGACACCUCGAUGGUAUGUCGGUCGGGAUCAAAGCUGCCCUCAGUGUGCCUAAAAUGAAUCAUUUGGUCAACGACCAGAUACGAGGGUCUGGUAAGGGGACAUUCGAUGCGGAUGCCUUGGGCAUAAAAAGUGCCUUGACCUCCCCCAAACCUCAUGAACAUGAUUGCCGACAUAGAGAAAAUUUAGCUGGUAGGUUCGAUGCUAGUGCUUUACACAUAGCUCACGGUCUCAAUGCUACCAAAGUGCAAAGAGGUUACAGAUACGCCGUUUAUGAACAACGAAUGGAUGAAUACAUGGAUACGGAAACACAAAGAAAGCUAGAAAUGAGACAUAGAGCAGAAGAAGAUGCAUUAUAUCGGCAAUUUGCUAAGAAACGUGUCGAAGAAGAAAUCCACAUUAGCCAAUUAAUAAAAGAAGAAUGGGAGAAAGAAUUAGAAAAACUUACUAGUAGAUUCCACCAAGAAAUGCGUAUUAAGAAGAGAAAAAUCAGUACCGAAGAGGAGAAAGCUUUGACUAUUAAACAUCAGAAAGAAAGAGAUGCUCUAGAAAAGAAUAUGACGAUCAAAUUAGAUAGGAAAAAAGAAUCUCUCACUAGAAAAUUGUUAGAACAAGAAAGGGCAGCUACUGCGGAAUUAGUGGAAAAACAUAGUAGAGAAAUGAUGAAUCUCAUUAACGAAAAAAGACAAGAAUUUACUGUGAAUCAAACAUCUAAUGAUAGAGACGGGUAUUAUGCUGAAGAAUUAGUUCCUUAUCCCACUCAUCCACCUCCUCCUGGGCCUCCACAAAUGUACAAAAUAGAUAUCUAUAGUGAUCCGAGUAUAUUUUCCGAUCUAGAUCAAAUAGCUAUCAAUGUAGCGAAAGAAGAUCAACAGACAUUCACAGACUUGGUUAGACUCUUAAUUGGCAGCUGCAUUAAUGAUGUAGAAAAAGCCAGAACAAUUUUCCGCUGGAUAACAGUUAAGAAUCUGAACACUAUGCAGUUUGAUGAUAAUGUAAAUGCCGACACACCCAUGGGUAUUUUAAGAGGCAUUAAACAUGGAACCGAAAGUUAUCAUGUGCUAUUUAAACGUCUUUGCAGCUAUGCUGGUUUGCAUUGUGUGGUAAUCAAAGGUUAUUCUAAAAGUGCGGGUUAUCAACCAGGUGUAAGGUUUGAAGACAAUCGCUUCAGGAACUCUUGGAAUGCCGUAUACGUUGCUGGUGCUUGGAGGUUCGUACAAUGUAACUGGGGUGCAAGACAUCUUGUAAAUGCUAAAGAAAUUCCUAAGCCGGGAAACAAGGGAAAAUCUGAUAGUUUGAGAUACGAGUAUGACGAUCAUUAUUUUUUGACUGAUCCUAAAGAAUUCAUUUACGAGUUUUUCCCCUUGCAACCUGAAUGGCAACUGUUAAGACAUUCCAUAUCCCUCCGAGAUUUUGAGGAACUACCAUUUGUCAGAUCGCUCUUUUUUAGAUACGGUUUAUAUUUCCCAGACGAAGAAACGAAAGCAGUUUUAUAUACGGAUAGUACGGGUGCCGCCACAGUUAGAAUAGGCAUACCAACCAAUAUGGCGUCCAGCCUCAUCUUUCAUUACAACUUGAAAUUUUACGAUAGUGAUAUUGAUAAUUUCGAUGGAGUUAGCCUUAAAAGAUUUGUCAUGCAAUCUGUCGUCUCCAGCACUGUUACAUUUCGUGUUCACGCUCCUUGCAGUGGCGCUUUGCUCUUGGAUAUAUUUGCCAAUGCAGUUACGCCUAGAGAAUAUCUGACGGGGGAACCCAUGAAAUUCAAAAGUGUUUGUAAGUUUAAAAUCAUCUGUAAAGAUCUACAGACUGUAAUGGUACCUCUUCCUGAUUGUGCUAGUGGCGAAUGGGGUCCAACUAAAGCUACCAGAUUAUUUGGUAUGAUACCCCUGACUCACGAAGAUGCUCUGAUAUUCUCCAGUCGCGAACUGGUGGUUCAGUUUAGAAUGACCAGACCUCUUACUGAUUUUAUGGCUACUUUACAUAAAAACGGAGUGGAAGAGAAGAAACUUUCUAAGCACGUAACGCAUUCCACAGACGACGACGAUGUGGUGACAUUUUACAUCACGUUACCGGAAGAAGGACAAUACGGGAUGGACAUUUACACUAGAGAAGUAGAUGUAGAUCAGGACGGACUGGAUAAACACCUCUUGACUCAUUGCUGUAAAUAUUUAAUUAAUUGUACUAAGAGGUCGUAAGCCACCUUUAAAAUUAAAUCAGUCUCACCUUAAUAAUAAUAAUAAUGAAAUUGUAAAAUGAUGAUAUUUGUAUAGUUUGUGAUCUGUUGUUAUACGUAUAACAUAUUCUUUUGAAGAAUGAUGAUCGAGAGAGCAAUUCUUUAAUAUAUUUUUGAUAUUUAGAAACUUUAUACGUGUUUUUAUUUUUAUAUUCGAUACUUUUAUAUUGGUUAUUGGAGUUUGCUGA